CGACAUUGAUCGGUACCUCGGGCUCGAAGCUUGUUUAUACCAUCUUCGGAACCCAUCUCGAAGUCUUACUUCGAACCAUUAUAUUUUGACCUCGAUCAAUCGUACGAAUGCCGAAAUCUAUUUCGACCGUAUACAGAUAGUCCCUUCAUUUCUCGAGAAAGAUAUGGUGAGAAACGAUAUGAUUUUUCAACGGCUCGAUCGGAUUAUAAGCUGAUGUUUACAUUGGGCUCGACCAUAACGCACGUGAUAGCUGUCCCAUCGAUUUAGUUUUUCAAGGCAUUUAAUGCAUGACAGACGAUGGUCGGCCACCGCUGAUAAUGAACCGCCAUUGCUUUAACCUAUAAAUAGCCCUGCCUUUUAUCAUUUACCACUUUUACAUCUUCAAUCUUUCAAAUUUCCCAAGUUGUUUUUCAUACCCUCUUGAGUUUGUUCGCCAAUCUGUGAUUCCUCUUUGCAAAAGCCCUUCUUCAAAAUUACCAAAUCUUUGUCAUUUUCUUCUAUUCUUGACCUUCAAAUUCGAAAAUGGCGAAAACAUCACAAACUAUUCCUCAGAAACAGAAAGCUUCAUCUUCACAACCUGCCACCGAUGAAACACCGGUAGAGCCACGGCCUAAGGAGCGCGUUCCUGGGGCGUGUGUUCUUACCUCCUAUUUUAAGGUCGAUAAAGGCUCAUCGGUUCUUGUCCGAUGUGAGCCAGUAUCGAUGUACAUGUGUUCGAUGACCGAGAGGCACCUCAAACAGCUGAAAAACGAUUGCAAUUGGGAGGGUAAAGAAAUAAUAAUCCCUUCUUCUGACGAAGAUAUCACCACUUGCGUGAAAGAGUUUUUAAGUAUGUAUACUUACCCUUUCAUGUUAGGUCCCCUCGAUUCUGUUAUUAUUGACUUCUGUCGUCAAUACCAAAUAACCCUAGGUUAGGUCCAUCCUUCUUUUUGGCAAAUCGUUAUUUUGAUUCGGUACUUUGUCAACAAAAUUGAGGGUAUGCCGUUCACCCUCGACCACAUCAUCCGAUUGUACCAUCCUUGCCUUUUUCGAGGAGGGUUAAUAAAACUUCAACGUCGGGCUACCAAGGAUCUGUUCUCAAGCAUUGAUGAGGACAUGGAUCGAGGCUGAAUGGUCAGGUUCAUUCGAGUAAGGACAUCGGACCUGAUUCCGACUGAAAAGAUGCCUUUUCCCUAGGAGUGGAAUAUGAAACGUAAGUGUGAUUCCGCUGUUACUUCCUCCCAUUUUGCCCUUUCAUUUCUUUUCUCACCGAUAUUCCUCUUUCUGUGAUGCAACGGUUCCCUGGAUGCCCGGAGCAAUUCUCGAUCUCAAGAACUGGGUACGAGCUUUGGCUUCGACCUCCACAUACUCCGAGCGCUCAUGGCGCGAUUUGUUAAAGGGCCGAUGGGAGGCAAAAAUCACGGUAAGCCCCUUUCUCGUACCUUUCGGUAGUUCGAACGAGACGCUUUCCAUAUACUUUAAUAAAAAUUUUCCAUAUGUAUGUGUGGGCAAAGAUGCGGUUUUGAGACCCUCGUCCAUCAUGGAAGAGGCUUCGGCCUCUGUCCCAAAGAUGGUGAAAGAUAAUAAGAGGAAAAGAGCCUCCGUUCCUGAAAAUCCAAAACCGAAGAAGAGGACGGCUCGUAAGCCGAGCAAGAAUACCAUUCCUUUGACCAUAGAAUCAGUUAUGCGUCUAAGGGAUGGAGACGAAGAAGAAGAAAAUGAUUAGUCUGCACUGGCGGCCCGGACGAAGAAGACCACUGAUGUUCCACAGGCAACUGGAUCAAUGGAGGUUCAUAAGGCUCCGCUUAGAACUGAGGAUAUAUCGGUUAAGGAUUCGGGCACAGUCCCCGAGUUGUUGGAGAUCGAAGAUGCUUCCCAUCGAAGCCAAUAGAUGGAGGAUAUCUCUAAAGGGGCUCUCCUCGAAUCUCUUCGAACCGAAGAGAAUGCUGCAAGUGAUUCACUUGGGGCAGUAGCAAUCAAGGACUCGCCCACCAUCACUGGUUUUUCCGCAGGGGCGAUUCGGGAAGCCCAAGCUUUGGGGGCCCUCGAACUAGAUAGGCCUCAUGAUGGAGAGGAUUAUUUUUGUGACCUGUUUACCGGUGUCGAGGACGUUGCCGGUACAAGUGGCGCAUCAGACCUUUUUCACGGGGUGCAGCGGGCUAUGAAUCAGGCCGAGGCAGCUCAUCGACAAGCAUGUUCUCGGUCCCGAGCCGAGCUACGUCGAUAUGAGGCUUAACUUCAACGGGUUACUGAGGAGAGGAACUCCCUUAAACUCCUCUUAGGGAAAAGGGCAGAGGAAAUAAAAGACCUCCGAGUUGAGUUGGCCAAGGCUCACCAAGAUCAAACCGAUCUGUCCGAGCAGGUAAUGAUACUUUUAAAAGCCUAUGGGCUUGAUACCGGAACGAUGGCUAAUUGUUUGGUCUCAUAGCUGCAGCAGAAAAUCGAGAUGAUCGGGAAACUCCGUGAAGAAGUCGAUGAGAUAAGAGUGGAGUCUUUUAAGUGGAAAGAAGGAAUGGACCACUUUGCUACAGAGAAAGAAACUGCUCGAGCCCAAUUUUCAUCGGCCGAAAACCAACUUCAGAAAAUGAAGGAGAAAAUCUUGGUCAAAGCAAGAAGAAUAGAGGAGCUCGAGGUUUGGUUGGCCUUUGAACUUGCUAAGGCCGAAUCUGACGCCGAAAACGUAAAGGCCGAUGCGGAUGCACUCGUGGCCGUCUAUCGGGCAGAUGCUGAAGCUGCCCAGUUCCAAGCAAGAGAGUCAGCCAAGACCGCCGAUACUUGAGCACAUUGGGUCACUGAACUUACUAAGUGCCGAUCUUGGAGGGAGAACCUCGAGGAGAUCCAUGAUCGAGGUUUCGACCUCCCUAAAGAGAUAAAAAGGGCCAAAGAACUCGAAGCCGAUGCUGAAACCUUGGUUUCCGAUGACGACGAUGAUGAUAAUGAUAAUGAUGGGAGUAAGAGCAGGUCUAAGAACGGGGGGGAGCCCGAUAGAGAAGAGACCGCUCCUGGGGAUAACCAGGAAGCUUAGUCCUUAAUUUUUAUGUUGUAAUCAAUCAUGUAAAAAAAUUUGUAUAAAU